GAAGCGAGCAGAGAGAGGAAAACAUGGCGGCGGAACACGAAGCGGUGACGGAUUUGAAUUCGCCUUCUAGAGAUGAGUGCUCCAGUCCUGGAGAAACACGUGGUCCUGAGAAGAUGACGAGGAGCUCCAGCUCUUCAGACGACAGUGACGUAGGCGGAGACGGAGACGAGCACACAAGGAGCAAGGAUGAUGAGCAUCGUAGCCCUUCUCUGGAGAAAAGACGAGAUGACUCGAAUGAACAAGAAGCACCGCCAAGACGCUCGUCCAGGUCCAGUGGCUCAGACAGUGACAGCAGCAGUGAAGAGGAAAGUGACGAUGGUGUGACGCACAGAAUGAGGAGCAGCGUGGCACACAUCAGGCAUGAAGCUCAGGACCAGAGCAGCAGACCUAGACACAGGAGUUCCUCUGCAGACAGGAACGGAAGCGGAAGGUCGUACACCCGUUCACGCUCCAGAUCUCCGUCUCCACAGAGAUAUGCAGACCGAUCGCGAAGGUCUCGGGAUCGCGAUGGUGAUCGGCGCUCUAGCCGCGAGCGAGAUGGAGGCCGAGAGAGGUUCAUGCCCAGGAGGGGAAGAUCUGCAUCUCCGUCACAGAGAGACAAACUCCCUGCUGACGAGCCUCCCAUUAAGAAGAGGAAGGAGGAUCUGGACCCCAUCUUGACCCGUACCGGAGGAGCGUACAUACCCCCGGCCAAGCUGCGCAUGAUGCAGGCCCAAAUCACUGACAAGAGCAGUCUGGCCUACCAGAGGAUGAGCUGGGAAGCGCUGAAGAAGUCCAUCAAUGGUCUCAUCAACAAAGUGAACGUGUCCAACAUCGCCAACAUCAUCCAGGAGCUGCUGCAGGAGAACAUCGUCCGCGGCAGAGGUCUGAUGUCGAGGUCUGUGCUUCAGGCUCAGAGCGCCUCUCCAAUCUUUACCCAUGUCUAUGCUGCUGUGGUGGCCAUCAUCAACUCCAAAUUCCCUCAGAUCGGAGAGCUCAUCCUCAAGAGGCUCAUCCUCAACUUCCGCAAAGGCUACAGAAGAAACGACAAACAACAAUGCCUUACUGCUUCUAAGUUCGUGGCUCAUCUCAUCAAUCAGAACGUGGCUCAUGAAGUGCUGUGUUUGGAGAUGCUGACGCUGCUCCUGGAGCGACCCACUGAUGACAGUGUCGAGGUGGCCAUCAGCUUCCUGAAGGAGUGUGGUCUCAAGCUUACAGAGGUUUCCCCCCGUGGCAUUAAUGCCAUCUUUGAGCGUCUGAGGAACAUCCUGCAUGAGUCGGAGAUCGAUAAGCGUGUGCAGUACAUGAUCGAGGUGAUGUUCGCUAUCAGGAAGGAUGGCUUUAAGGAUCAUCCCGUCAUACCAGAAGGUCUGGACCUGGUGGAGGAAGGGGACCAGUUUACACACAUGCUUCCUCUCGAGGACGAAUACAACCCUGAGGAUGUGCUCAAUGUCUUUAAGAUGGAUCCUGACUUCGUGGACAAUGAGGAGAAGUACAAGGCGAUUAAGAAGGAAAUUUUGGACGAGGGGAGCAGUGACUCUGACGACGAUGCAGAGGGCAGCGGCGAAGAAGACGAAGAUGAAGCCGAUGACGCGGAAGCCGGAGAAGAUCAAGACAAAGUUACCAUUUUUGACCAGACAGAGGUGAACCUGGUCUCGUUUCGCCGUACCAUCUAUCUGGCCAUUCAGUCAAGCUUGGACUUUGAAGAAUGCGCUCACAAACUGAUCAAGAUGAAUUUCCCCGAGUGCCAGACGAAGGAGCUGUGUAACAUGAUCCUGGACUGCUGCGCCCAACAGAGAACCUACGAGAAGUUCUUUGGUCUUCUGGCUGGGAGGUUCUGUUUGUUGAAGAAGGAUUACAUGGAGAGCUUUGAGGCCAUCUUCCAAGAGCAGUACGAGACAAUUCACAGGCUGGAGACCAACAAGCUGCGCAACGUGGCCAGAAUGUUUGCUCACCUCCUCUAUACAGACUCCGUCCCAUGGAGUGUCCUCGAGUGCAUGCGAAUGAGCGAAGAGUCGACGACAUCCUCCAGCCGUAUUUUCGUCAAGAUCCUCUUCCAGGAGCUGUGCGCCUACAUGGGGCUCCCGAAGCUCAACGAGAGACUCAAGGACAUGACUCUGCAGCCGUUCUUCGAAGGCCUGUUCCCUCGCGACAACCCGAGGAACACGAGAUUCGCCAUCAAUUUCUUCACCUCCAUCGGCCUCGGUGGACUCACAGAUGAGCUAAGAGAGCAUCUAAAGAACGCCCCUAAGAUGAUCAUGACCCAGAACCAGGACGUCGAGUCGUCUGACUCUUCCUCCUCCUCAUCUGACUCUUCAUCCUCAGGCAGUGACAGCAGUGACUCGGAUUCCUCCAGUGACUCAGAUGACUCGUCUAGCAGCUCUGACUCUUCAGAUUCGGACUCUGAUGCGAAGCAGAAAAAGGUGUCCCAGCGUGGAAAGAAGCAUAAGGAGAAGAACUCGAAACACGGCUCUGCAGAAAAGAUACGAGGCAAAAGAAACCAGAGACAUGAUGGUGAUGAAGGCCACAAAAGACGCAAAUCACGUAAGGACUCUCCUGAACAGCAAGAAAGUGGGCAAAUAGGCUUGCCAGAGGUGCGAGAGCGUGGACGUCAGGAAUCGCCAGAAUUGCGAGGACGUGGGAGAAAUGAGUCUCCAGAAUUGCGAGAGCGCAGGCAAAGGGAAUCGCCAGAAUUGCGGGGGCGAAGGGACUCUCCUGAUGUGCGAGAGAGCAGGAAAAGGAAGUCGCCUAAUGUGCAAGAUCGGGGAAGAAGAGACUCUCCCAGUGUGCCAGACCACAGGCGAAAGGACUCCCCUGAUGUGCCAGACCGCAGGCGAAGGGGCUCCCCUGAUGUCUCAGAGCGCAGGCGAAAGGACUCCCCCGAUGUCUCAGAGCGCAGGCGAAAGGGCUCCCCCGAUGUGCCAGAGCGCAGGCAAAAGGGCUCCCCCGAUGUGCCAGAGCGCAAACGAAAGGGCUCCCCCGAUGUGCCAGAGCGCAGGCGAAAGGGCUCCCCCGAUAUGCAAGAGCGCAGGCGAAAGGGCUCCCCCGAUUUGCAAGAGCGCAGGCGAAAGGGCUCCCCCGAUUUGCAAGAGCGCAGGCGAAAGGGCUCCCCCGAUUUGCAAGAGCGCAGGCGAAAGGGCUCCCCCGAUGUCUCAGAGCGCAGGCGAAAGGGCUCCCCCGAUGUCUCAGAGCGCAGGCGAAAGGGCUCCCCGAUGUCUCAGGCGCAGGCGAAAGGCUCCCCGAUGUGCAAGGCGCAGGCGAAAGGCUCCCCGAUGCGAAAGGGCUCCCCGAUGUGCAAGAGCGCGGCGAAAGGGCUCCCCGAUGUGCAAGGCGCAGGCGAAAGGGCUCCCCGAUGUGCAGAGCGCGGCGAAGGACUCCCCGAUGUGCAAGAGCGCAGGCGAAGGGACUCCCCCGAUGUGCAAGAGCGCAGGCGAAGGGACUCCCCCGAUGUGCAAGAUCGCAGGCGAAGGGACUCCCCCGAUGUACCAGACCGCAGGCGAAGGGACUCCCCCAGUGUGAGAGCGCGCAGGCAAAGGGAUUCUCCUGCUGUGCAAGAUUCGUAUAAGGACUCGCCUGACCGGGGAAGAGAUAGCGAAGAACGGCAAUACAAAAACAAAGAGAAUGAGAACUCACGUAAAAACAAGGACACCAAAAAUGACCAAGAGCAGCGACGCAGCCCUGAUAGGUCAAGGUCAAAAUCACAUGAGAGGAACAGCAAAGACAUGUCCUCCAAAGAAUCGUACAGGAACAGAGUGGAGCGUGAGGACAAGGAGAACCGGUACAGAGAGUCCAGGAGGAGAGAGGACAGGAGUGUAGAGAAAUCGCCCAGGAGACGCAGAUAGCUCAGGAGACGCAGAUAGCUCAUGAAAAAAUUCAGACGUUUCUAUCGCAACCUUAUCUUGUAGUGCAUUGUGGAAAACAUGGACGGUUUUAGAUUUCCAUUGGACUGUAGAAUCGAGAGGAAAAUCUUUGUAAUCUGGAGGAUAUUUUGUAUUUUUCUUGAUGUUUUUGUUUAUACAACCAUUAAAAUAAUACAUUAAACAGUG